CAAAUGAGACAGGUUCUAUAAGUCAAAUUAUUUUGAACAGUUUAAUGUGAUGGGUUUUUGAUAAAUCUUAUUUAAUUUAAUAGGUUUAGGCUUUCCAAUUGGUCGUUUGAUAUGAAAGAAGAUACAAAUUUUAGCAGAAGAAUGGUUCUUAGUAAGUUUAGCAACACACCUCCCUUUCAUAUGAAGUCCAACGAAACCUUUAGCCGAGGUGAAUCUUUACGAAAAAUAUUACAACCUGAAAACCCCGACUACUGUAAUGAAAACGACCCAUUUUGUGAAUGUGGAAGAAAACCAGUACAUAAGCACAUGGUUUGUAGUCAAUCAGAACAUAAUAGAAAAAAUAGUGAGAAAUGUUAUGUAUCUAGACGUAAGCACCAAUCGGACACAUUUCCGCAAAGUAAUUGUCCCAAAAUUGAUCAACCAGCAAAAAAUAUAAGCAGAAAAGAAAUGGUUCAACAAAAACCAAACAAUAAUGUUGUACCAAGGGUUUUGGAAAACUUCAAGAAAAUUGAACCCAGGCAUAAUUAUUCUGAGCCGGUGGUGCCGAGAAACAGUAUCGGAAAAAAUAUACCAAGCCAUAGCGUUAUGACGAAUCUUUUGGGUAAUUUAAUAAAAUAUGACAACACACCUGAGAAGAACUUCCAUAGUCAAAGUAAAGCGAAAAAAUAUGCUGUUAUUAAUCAAUCUUCACAAAGUUACCCCAGUCAGUUUCAAAGACGUAGGUUCGACAAAGAUGUACUUAAUCAAAGAAUUGAUAAGUAUACCAGCACAACAGGGCUGCAUUGGGCUCCAGAAUGCAAUAAUUCAAAACGAAUCACGCAAAAUUACAACACCAAACUGCAAAAUAAAGCCAAACCAAAAUGCCCCAUGGCCUGCCAUAGAAACUUAGUUUGCAAAAAUAAAAGAAAAUCACUGAACGAAACCAUAGAAAUACUCGAUAGCGCUUCGAGAACAAACAUUAUAGAAUACAUGAACCCCAAUAUAUGCACCAGCAAUAGCUCAGAAUUCGAACACGACUUCAUCAAAGAUUUAAACAGAAAAAAGAAAACCACCAAGAAAAACUUAAGCCCAGUCAAAAAGAUGCCACCAGAGAAAACCAAAAGUUUCGUGAGGUUACAGGUAGAUAGGUACAACAGAAUGGUGCAGGGCCAGGACAAAAAAACGCAAAACUGUCAAAAAAAUCACACUCAGUUUAUGAAUAGUGUCAAAGAGAAAGUCCCCAGGAUUAUACCAACCGAAACAGAUCAGUUCACUGAAUCUCAGGAUUGGUCCGACACCUACAAGGAAGAAAUAAAGGUAUGCUUCCCGAAGGAAACCAAACAAGCGAUGGAAAAAUUAAUGGAUAAUAAAACGAGGAAAACCUCGGUACAUCGUCAAGCUAGAAGAAUGAAUCCUCCUGGCGAAGAAGAACGGCCCAGUUUGAAACCUAACUGUAAAAAAUUAAGUAUUUUGCCUUGUCAUAAAAAUUUGCUUUGUAAUAGGGGGUUCCAUAUAGGAGAAUGCGUCAGCUAAAUUUAUAUACAUUGCAUCAUGCUGAUUGGAGAUGAAAAAUCAUUAUGAAUGAUUAAAAGCAGUAUUAAAAUUUAAGUGUUGUAUUAGAUAUUAUGAAUAUAAUAAAUCAGUUCAAAACAAUCAUUGCAUUACGAAGUUUUUUUUAUCAAAACGGUCCUUCAAACUUUUGGUUUCCUCAUAGUUAUAGUUAGUUUCUUCAGUUUCUUCGUUUUUUUUUCGGUUUCUUCAGCUUCUUCAG